AGUGGGAGGGAGUUGGGAGUUAGUCCUGUACAAAAGAAGUUCAAUUCCCAUAAAAACGUACCUUAUAAUUCAAAUUUUAUAUUCAUUUGACCAACAUGACAUGAAUGGAAGGCCGAGGUGGUCACAUUGCUAUACGUGUUCUGAUUCCCUGCCAUCAUCCCAUCCAAGAAUUUCACAUCAUAAACUAUUCACUGCGCAGAGAAAGGUCCCAUCAUACAAUACAAGACAACUUCACUCACACAUUCUGCUGCCGCUUCCCACUCUCAUUCAUAUGAAUUUUAAAGAAAAAAUAUUUAAGGUUUAUGUAAAGUUUCAGAAUCUUGUCCAACUCUAGUGAUAUUUUGUUGUAUUAGCUUGGCAAAAACCUCGUCAUCUGUGCCCAUCCCAUUGUUGUUGUUCUUGUUGCCCAUACCUGCAACUCUCUGCCACCUCCAAACCACAUCGCAACCUGACACGUGUCUCUGAACGACCCCUCCAUUGCCUUUUUGAGAUUCCCCUCAACUGCCCUUUUGCAGUUUCAGUCUUGGCCGUCUUCUUGAGAACUAAUUAAAUGCUGUGUAAGUGUGAAUUAAUUCAGUUGACAAGCAUUUAUUAUUUAUUUCUCCUGUUGCCCACUUUGCAAAUGGCUUCUCUUACCCCCGGCACACUGGACAAGCUCUUGCAUAAGGAUUUCAAGGUGGCCGGUGAACACCGCUCUGCUCUUCUCCAGGUUAUUAGCAUUGUUCCGUCACUGGAAGAUGACCCAUGGAAGAGCAGGGGAUACUUUUUGAGGGUUUCAGAUUCGGUUCACUCAGCUUAUGUAUCAGUAUCAGAUGGAGAUGUGGAGUUGAUAUUGAGUGACAAGAUCCAACUAGGCCAGUUCAUCCAUGUAACUUGGCUAGACUCGGGCUCCCCUGUUCCGGUGCUUCGGGGUCUAAAACCCAUCCCCAAGAGACGGCCCUGUGUGGGUGAACCAAAGGAUUUGAUAUCCAGCGAUUUUCUGAAUUCUAAGAAGGUGGAAGCAAAGGUGAAGUCCAAAGGAAAGCUGAAGAAAGUGGUGGGAAAUGAAGAGGGGAAUGUUAGAAGAAUUUCUUUGGGAAAUGGAAAGCUAGGAGGUUUGGGGAGCAGAAGAUUGAGUUUGGAUUCAUCCCGGAAAGGAUGGGAUAGGAGUCCUCAAAGUAGAAAUGGUGGUAGAGAUGAAAAGUCUAAAACGAAAGAUAAUUUGUCAAGCUUAGUAUCCGUUGUCACUAAUAAGGUCUUCCCCCAUGAUUCACCAAAGGGUUCAAGCAUUUCACCUCUUACAAGCAAGAACGUUAUAGUCUCACCAAAUCAUCUGUCAAAGCCUAUUAUCAAGAACUUGAAAUCAUCAGAUGAUGGUAUUUUUCCUAGCCAUUUCAAUAAAGUGGCUCUCAGUGCUAAAAACUGGUCUGACUCAAAGAUCUUGUGGAAUUCACUUCCUUCCACCAUCUGUGACCUUGGAAAGGAAGUUAGAAGCUAUAGGAAUGUUUCGUUCGUCUCUGCAGUUCGUGCACUAGAAGAAGUAUCUGUAUAUGAUGGUGUCCUUCAGUGCAUGAGUAUGUUUGCAGAACUACGCGAGUCAUCUGAGAAAGAGGCAGAGGCAUCCGGUCCAUUAAUAGAACAAUUUUUGAAGCUUCACGAGAGCAUGAAGAAAGCUGCUAUAGUUGUUAGUUCUCUGAUAAAUAUGGAGACUUCUGCAAGAGACAGCAACAAUUGCAGUUCUCGAUUCUCAGAAUCAGGGAAGUGCCUCAGUCCUGCAAGUAAAAAUGCUUCAUUAUGGGUUCAAGCUGCAGUCCAGACCGAUCUUUCCAAAUUCUCCCUCUAUGCAAAAGAAGAAGAAAAGGGCAUCUCUAAUUGUGAAAAGCGUCAUUAUGUUGUGAUAGAAAACACACCAGUGAAAGUCGAGACAGAGAACCAUUCACCUGAUAACAAGAAAAACAGCAUCAACCAUGCCUCGAGUAAAUCAGUUCCAAAGGUGAAAGAAUUGUCAUCUCAUUCAAGACGGCAUCUUUCCAAUACAAAAGGAACAAUUGCUGGACUGGAAACAUGGUCAGAAGGCUCGGGAUGGAGCCAUGUCGCUGAUUUAGCACAAAAGUUGCUCUCGUCAUCACGUGCCUGGUUCUUGGAUUAUUUGGAAGAUUCUCUAAAUAAUGGAUUCAGACUGAAGAGCAAAGAAGAUACUUCUCAGAUCACAGUCCUUCUUGGGCAGCUUAAAAGGGUUAACCAGUGGUUGGACGAGGCAUUCCAAGAAGAUGGUAGAGCUGAUGAGAGAAUAAACAGUUUGAAAAAGAAGCUAUACAGAUUUCUACUUAACCAUGUCGAUUCUGCAGUUCCUCGCAGGUAGUUUAAUUUCUACACAAUACCUAGUUAUAAUGGUAGUAAUCUGUCCAGUCCCUAGAUUCUUGACUGCAUU